AUGACCCAAACACAAUCAAGUCGAACCGACUAUGAAGUAAUUGAUAUAGAUCCGCAUUUUAAUCGAGUAGUUAAAUACUUUAGACCUUCCGAUUAUGCAUUGUGGGCAGGCGCUACCGCCACCGGUCCUGCUUUCAUGUUGAUGAUGGAGAGAACCGGUGGACCCUCCAAAGGAUUACCAUUAGCAUUAAAAUUAUCAACAGUGCUUGGAGCAUCGGCGGGAUUUUUACUUGCUUAUCAAAGAAGCAGCUUGAGAUUUUGGGGAUGGAUAGAGAAUUACAAAGAGGUAGAAAAGGAUAGACAAGAGAUGACAAAGUUGGUGGAACAAGGAAAACCGCUUUAUGGACCCGAAAAUAUGUCCGAAUUUAAUCAAAAGGCUGCAUCAUGGCUUACAAGGUAUUCUGCCUUGAAAUUUUGUAAGUAA